UGAAUAUGGAGUGGCCGAAUGAAACGAUCGCCGAAUUUUUAACUUUGUAUGAAGGCGAACCCUCUCUGUGGAAUUCGAAAAAUGCGGAGCAUAAAAACAAAAACGACCAGCAUGAUGCCUGGCUGCGAAUUAAACAGAAUUUAAAAGGUGGUACCAUACCGUUACAAGAAAUUAAAAAGAAAAGGGAUUCUUUAAUGGGAACCUAUAGAAAAUUAAGAAGUAAAGUUUGCCAAUCAAUAAAGUCUGGCAGCGGUGCUGAUGAAAUCUAUAAGCCUGACUGGCCAUUUUAUAAUGUGAUGGCCCAAUUUUUGAAUGAUGUGUAUACUCCAAAGAAAACGAAGGAUUCUGAGGUCACUGACGACAUAGAAGAAAUAGAAGAUAACCGUGAUUUAGAUGCCUCUGAAGAUAGUAAACAGGAUGAUGAAGAAUCAGUUCAAUUUAAAAGACCAAAACCUCUUCCUAAAAAACGUGCUAAAAAUAUUGAUAUAGAAAAUAAAAUGAACGAAGCAUACGACUAUAUAAAACAAAUGACUCAAAAACCCCAAAUCCCGCAAGAUGAAUGUUCAUUAUACACACAAUUAUUGUGCAAAAAAUUGAGAGGCUUACCAGAAAAUACACGUGAAAUAGCGAUGUUGGAAAUUGAUAGAUUGAUUUUCAAUCUGAAGCAAAAAGAACUAUCGUCAAACCCACAUGCACAAAUACUAAUCAACCCACCACAGCCCACGAAUUUUGGACAUUCCGGCAAUCUCUACUAUCAGCCAUCCACAUCCUGCCAUCCAUAUCCUUCUCCACAGCAAUCCCCAACCUAUCAUCCAUCGCCUUCUUCACAGUCAUCCCCAAACUAUCAUCCAUCGCCUUCUCCACAGCAAUCCCCAACCUAUCAUCCAUCGCCUUCUUCACAGUCAUCCCCAAACUAUCAUCCAUCGCCUUCUCCACAGCCAUCCCCAACCUAUCAUCCAUCGCCUUCUCCACAGCCAUCCCCAACCUAUCAUCCAUCGCCUUCUUCACAGUCAUCCCCAAACUAUCAUCCAUCGCCUUCUCCACAGCAAUCCCCAACCUAUCAUCCAUCGCCUUCUUCACAGUCAUCCCCAAACUAUCAUCCAUCGCCUUCUCCACAGCAAUCCCCAACCUAUCAUCCAUCGCCUUCUUCACAGUCAUCCCCAAACUAUCAUCCAUCGCCUUCUUCACAGUCAUCCCCAAACUAUCAUCCAUCGCCUUCUCCACAGCAAUCCCCAACCUAUCAUCCAUCGCCUUCUUCACAGUCAUCCCCAAACUAUCAUCCAUCGCCUUCUCCACAGCCAUCCCCAACCUAUCAUCCAUCGCCUUCUUCACAGCCAUCCCCAACCUAUCAUUCAUUAUCUUCUCCACAGCCAUCCCCAAACUAUCCAUCUCCACAGCUGUCGCAAGUCGAAACAUCAGCUUCGCAAAGUCUAUUAAAAGAUUUCUAUGAAGAGGAGGGUAGUAAUUUAUUUUAA